AUGUCAACAGAUCGUAAACAAUCAAUCCCAUUCAAUAAAUCAAUAAAAUAUUUUGAUAUUGGUGUUAAUUUCACAGAUCCAAUGUUUCAUGGUGAAUAUAAUGGGAAACCAGCUCAUCCAUCAGAUAUAGAAGAUGUUAUCUUACGUGCUAAAACUUUCAACGUCAGAGGAAUGUUAUUAACAGGUUCAUCAUUAGAAGAAAGUAGAACUACUUUAAAUAUUGCAAAUUCGUAUCCAAAUUAUCUUUAUUCAACCGUGGGAGUUCAUCCAUGCUCUGUUAAUGAAAUUAAUUCAGAAAAUGAAAGUCAAUAUUUAGAUAAUUUAAAAGAAUUAGCUAUAAGUGGUAAAAAAUCUGGGAUUGUUAAAGCAUUUGGUGAAAUUGGUUUAGAUUAUGAUCGAUUACAUUAUACACCAAAAGAUCAUCAAUGUAAAUAUUUUCAAAAACAAUUAGAUAUAGCAAUUGAAGUUGGAUUACCUUUAUUUUUACAUAUGAGAGCUGCAAAUGAUGAUUUUAUCCAAAUAAUAAAACCAUAUUUAUCCAAGAUCCCAAAUGGUGUUGUUCAUUCAUUUACUGGUACAGAAGAUGAAUUAAAAAAAUUAUUAGAUUUAGGUUUUUAUAUUGGUGUAAAUGGAUGUUCUCUCAAGACUGAAGAAAAUUUAAAAGUUGUUUCACAAAUCCCACUAGAUAGAUUAAUGAUUGAAACUGAUGCACCAUGGUGUGAAAUUAGGAAGACUCAUGCAGGUUAUAAAUACCUAACUUCAUAUCCAAAUGAAACUUAUCCAUUAGUUAUUACACCUCAAUCAGAAAUUUCAACUCCAUCAACUCCAUCUUCAGGGACUUCAACACCAUCUAAAAAGCAACAACCUAUAAAAUUAGACCCAAUAUUACCAUUCCCAUUAUUGAAAAAAGAACAUUAUGAAAGAUUUAAUAUUAAUGAACGUACAUUAAUUGGUGAAAAAUCAGCACCUUUAAUUAAAUCAAGAAAUGAACCUGUUCAUAUUGGUCAAGUUGUUGAAAUUAUUGCUAAUUUACAAAAUGAAUCUGUUGAGAAUGUUGUUAAAUCUGCUUGGAAAAAUUCUUUAGAUUUAUUUAAAAUUGAUGAUGUUGAUGAAGAAUUUUUUACGUAUUAG